AUGAAGUUUAUCAAUCUUUUCAUGCUCUCUGCUCUCUUCCUAAGCAUCACAAGCUUAGUCAAUGGGGGAAUAACAAGUGGAUAUGUUCGACAAGCGCAACCAUCAACCGAGAUGUCUCUCGAAACCUUUCCUCCUCCUUCUGGCCACAAUGCUCCUGAACAGGUUCAUAUCACGCAGGGAGAUCGCGAUGGACGUGGUGUGAUCAUCUCGUGGGUGACACCAUUAAAUCUGGAUGGUUCUGGCAUCGUUACUUACUGGAAAGCUGGUAGCAGCAGUGAUGUGAAGACGGUAAAGAAGAAGAAACAAGCUACGACUCAAUCUUACAGAUUCCAUGACUAUACUUCUGGAUUUCUUCAUCACGCUACCGUUAAACAUCUUGAGUACGACACCAAGUACAUCUAUGAGGUUGGUACCGAUCAAACCGUUAGACAAUUCCACUUCACAACUCCACCAGAGGUUGGACCUGAUGUUCCUUACACAUUCGGCAUCAUUGGUGAUCUUGGACAAACCUAUGCAUCUAACGAGACCUUGUACCACUACAUGUCUGACUCUAGAGGUCAAGCCCUUCUCUUUGCCGGUGACUUGUCUUACGCGGAUGACCACCCGAACCAUGACCAGAGAAAGUGGGAUUCUUGGGGCAGAUUCGUUGAGCCUUGUGCUGCUUACCAGCCUUUUAUCUGUGCCGCCGGGAACCACGAGAUUGAUUUCGUUCCGAGCAUUGGCGAGCUUCAUGCAUUUAGACCCUACAUGUACCGUUACCCUAACGCCUUCAAAACCUCAGGGAGUAUUUCUCCUCUUUGGUAUUCAGUCAGACGUGGUCCUGCUCACAUCAUCGUCCUCUCCUCUUACUCUGCCUACGGCAAAUACACACCGCAAUACGUGUGGCUCGAACAGGAGUUAAAGAAGGUGAACAGAGAGGAGACUCCAUGGUUGAUUGUCAUGCUUCACUCACCGUGGUACAACAGUAACAACUACCAUUACAUGGAGGGCGAGAGCAUGAGAGUUAUGUUUGAGCAGUGGUUCGUAAACAACAAGGUUGAUUUGGUUUUCGCUGGUCACGUUCAUUCUUAUGAGAGAUCCGAACGUAUCUCCAACGUUAAGUUUAACAUUACCAAUGGCUUGAGCACUCCUGUGAAAGAUCUUAACGCUCCGAUUUACAUCACUAUCGGAGAUGGUGGAAACAUUGAAGGAAUCGCAAACAAUUUUAUUUAUCCGCAGCCGAGUUACUCGGCCUAUAGGGAGGCUAGCUUCGGCCAUGCUCUUUUGGAGAUUAAGAACAGGACUCAUGCACAAUACACAUGGCAUAGGAACCAAGACAAUGAGCCUGUUGCAGCGGAUUCCAUCAUGUUGUUUAACAGACAUUUCUUACCAAAGGAGGAGAUUGUUUCCGGCAACACUCACUAG